AUGUUGGCCAAUCUUAAUCGAGCCCUAGCAAUUUCGUUCAAGCAUGUGCGCGCACUAUCAAGCAGUGUUGCAAGUGCUUCAUCGUCCACAAACAACACUCAGUUGCCGAUCAAUAAAGAAGCACCAAAGGGGAUAAUGGGUAAAUUUGGAACUCCAUUCACGGGCCCGAUGUCGGCGGGCGAAUAUGCGUUAGCAAGAGUGGAUGAUGUGAUCAAUCUGUGUCAGCGUAACUCAUUAUGGCCACUAACGUUCGGCCUGGCAUGUUGUGCCGUUGAAAUGAUGCAUUUCGCUGCGCCGCGUUAUGAUAUGGAUCGUUACGGUGUCGUUUUUCGUGCAUCACCCAGGCAGGUUGAUUUGAUAUUCAUUGCGGGCACUGUAACCAACAAAAUGGCACCUGCAUUGAGACGUAUCUUCGACCAAAUGCCUGAAGCGAAGUGGGUAAUCAGUAUGGGUUCAUGUGCGAAUGGGGGUGGUUAUUAUCAUUAUGCGUAUUCGGUUCUGAAAGGCUGUGAUCGUGUUAUACCAGUCGAUAUUUACGUUCCUGGAUGUCCACCCACCGCCGAGGCACUUCUUUACGGAGUGCUGCAAUUACAGAAGAAAAUCAAACGAAAGCGAGAGGCACAACUUUGGUAUAGACGAUAA